UAAACAAUCAUCCCCCAAACUCUAAAUAUAUACUUUAAUUUGGGGUUUAAACCCUUACCCUAAACAUAAACACUAAAAUUUCAAUAUUUUCAUAAUAUAAUUUCGAUCUUAAAUUUAAAUUUAAAGUUUAAUAAUUUUAAAAAUAGAAUCUCAAAUUUAAAUUAUAACCCUCAAACAUUAAAUCUUAAAUCUAUACCCUAAAUAUAAUACCCUAAACCCCAAACUUAAAUCUUACAUACAAAGUCAUAAAUCUAUUUUUUUAAUUUAUAAUAUAAAUUUUAAACUUAGACUCCAAAUAUAUUCUAAAACUCAAACCAUAUACUUAAUUAUAAAUCUUAACCCUAAACCCUAAACCACAUACUUCAUAUUAACCUACAUCAUAAAUCCUAAUUUACAAAUUUCAAAAAUUUAAAUAUAGGUUUUGAAAUUUAGACUUUGAGUAUAUAUUCCAAACCAUAUACAAUAACUCUAAAUCUUAUACACCAAAUCAUAAAAUCCAAACAUCAAAUUUAACCUUUUCAAAUUUAAACACCAAAACCUAAACAUAGAUACUAAUCAAAAAAUUUCAAAUUGUAUUCUCAAAUUUUACUCUAAACCCCAAACCUAAGACUCCAAAUAAACUUUAAUAACAAAAUAACAAAAUAUAAAAGAUACUAAAUUUAUAAAACAAAUUUAUAAACUAGAUUUAUAUAAAUUUUUUUUUAAACAGAGUAUAAUUAAGAAAAAAAUAAAGAGGAAAUAGAAUGUGUUUAAAAAAUAAUAAGAGGAAACAGAUCUGACCAAUAGGAAAGAAUGGCGAGGAUAGCUAAGAUAUCAAUCUCUACCGUUGAUAGGUUUCAAUCCAACGGCAUAUAAUUAUUAAUUUUUUUUUAUUUUCUCUUUCUUUGACGACCUCUGCAAUUCUUUUUCACAUAUCUCAAACUAAAUUAUCAAUUUUCUCAGAAUCCUCUCAUGUCUCGUCUCUUCAUCUCUCAUAUCUGGUCAUCUGCAAUCUUCUUUUCUAUGGUGAGCUCCUCACAUCUUCUUCUAAGAAACCCCUCUGUCUCUCCAACCACCGUUGAUAAGCUUCACCACCACGCUCCUUUUGGAACCAUUACGUCGUCACAAAAACACAUCAAUGCCUCUGCUCACAUAUCCAUCGUUACCCUCUCUCCUCUCCGGAGACACAGAAACAAGAAACAAAACGUCGUCACCUGUCUCCAUCUCCACCUUGUUUCAGUUAGAAUAUCGUCUAGUCUCUCUCUCUCUAUCUCUCUCUCUCUCUCUCUAUCUCUCUCUCUCUCUCUCGAUUCUGGUUUUGUCACCGUUUUUGGUAUAGAAAGCUGAUGGAAAGGAUUUCCCAUGAAAGUUUGAAUCUUUUUUAUGUUUGUGUUUUGAAAUAUGGGUUCCAGGGAUAAACAGAAGAUGAAGAACAUCAGGAGACGGAGAGAAGAGAGAAGAGGCGAAGUCGGAGCUCUGUAGUGAUGGAGAUAGCGGCUAUGACUGUGAUGGGAACUUGUCUCCAACUUGCUUUUAGUCUGAGAAUUUCGUGUGUCCUGUGUUCAUUUGAACUGAGAGAUACUUUUGUGUUUCAGAAAUUGAUGUAUCAGCAUGAAAGCGGUCUUUUCGAUUUUAGACGGACUGAAAGCUCUCCGUUGCUGCUUGUAAUUGACAAAAGAGAUGACCCGGUACGGUUACCCCAUUGCUUAAUCAGUGGACAUAUCAGGCAAUGGUGCACGAACUCAUAGGACUUGAGGAUAAUAAAGUUGACGUGAGAGCCAUUGGAAGUCUUUCAAAAGAUCAGCAAGUUCAGGAGGUGGUUUUAUCAUCAGAACAAGAUGCAUUCUUCAAAUCUAACAUGUAUGAAAAUUUUGGGGAUAUCGGAAUGAACAUCAGCAGGUGGCCAAGAGUAACAAAAAUAUCCAGACAGUAGGUAAAUAUAUGAGGACAUGGCCAGAUUUGUUGACAGCUACCCUGAGCACAAAAAAAUGCAAGGCAACGUGUCAAAGCAUGUAACCCUGGUUACUGAAAUGAGCAAGCUAGUUGAAGCAAGGAAACUGAUGCUGGUUUCACAAACAGAGCAGGACUUGGCUUGCAAUGGUGGCUCGUGGAAUUAAGGUCUGUAUCUGAGAUUAUACCUCUCGAGGAACUUCGUAUAUCUCCCAAUAUAUGUCAUGUUGCUGACUUGUUGAAAAAAAAAAUUCAGGGGUUGAGAAUGUAUACACUCAACUGCAGCUAGGGGUUUUUUUAGAUUUUGUUUUUAAACCUGGUUUGUAUGUAAACUGGUUUAGUUUGUAAACCGAAAUUUUUUGUAAUCUGGUUUAAUUUAUAAACCGAUUGUGAACCAAAAUUUUAAUAUAAACCAAAAUCAUUUAUAAACCGGUUUAAAAUAUUAGCUAUUCAGUAUUACCUAGAAUAUAAACGUCAUAGCACAAGUAAAACGCUGUAUUAUAAUAUUCAAUGGCACAAAAAAAUUGCUAUUAAAUGUUCAAAAAUCCAAAACAACUGAGUUACAAAAAGGUAUUCCAUGACAAAAAAACAAAUGUCAUAACAAAAUAUUCUAUGGCACACGAAAAAUGCCACAUAAAAUAUUGAAAUAGCGAAAAGAAAUCGCUAUAAAUAGGUAUAAUAUAACACAUAACCAACGCUAUAAUAUCUGUAUAUUGUUACAGCACGCGAAAAACGCUACGCUAGGGGGGGGGGUCUAUUAUAGCUGCGGCUGUCACGGCGUUCUUCGAAACGCUAUGAAAACGAUAUGAUAGCGUUUAUCGGGUGCUAUUAAUACCGAUAUUUCUUGUAGUGUGGGGAACCCUGCAACAGUCCAACGCUUGAGAGAGAUUCAGAAGAGAAACUCUCAUGAUAUCUACCUUCUUAUGGAAACCAAAAAUGACCUGGAGAUGAUCAAAAAGACACUUGCUUGGCUACCUCUCGAUAACCUCCAUGAAGUUCCCCCUAACAGCCCAGGAAGUGGAGGAUUACUUCUAGUCUGGAAAGAUGACAUUCAGCUCACAGUUAGAUCAAGCAGUAAAAAUUUUAUUGAUACAUUCAUAACUGAGAAGGGAAUCACCUUUCAAAUGACAUUCGUAUACGGAGAACCAGAUCACACGAAGAGGCUCGCGGUCUGGGAGGAACUUACUGCACUUCAACCGCACACGGGAGAUCCUUGGUUACUCACUGGUGAUUUCAAUGAAAUCACAGAGAACGGAGAGAAGAAAGAAGGACCCGAGAGAGCUGAGGGAACUUUCUGCGCGUUCAGAACAUUUCUAUCUGAGAAUGAGUUGUUUGAUGUGAAACACUAUGGGAACUUUUUAUCUUGGAGAGGGAAGAGGAACUCACAUGUAGUGCAAUGUCGACUGGAUAGAUCUAUCAGCAACAGCGAGUGCAUAAACACCUUUCCGUCUUGUAGAAGUCAAUAUCUCCGGUACGAGGCCUCUGAUCAUCGCCCUCUACUGACGUUCCUGGACACACGUAGAAAGAAAGGGUCAAAAAAUUUCAGAUUUGACAGAAGAUUAAAAGAGAAUCCUGAGAUAAAACGUAUAGUCCAAAAAGUGUGGGAGAGUAAUACUCAUCUGGAUGUGGAAGGGAGACUAGCUCUGUGUCGACGAGAAAUAUGCAAAUGGAGUAGAAAUUUUCAGGAGAACAGCAAAAGGACGUUAGAAGAACUCAAAGCUCAACUUGAUGAGGCAAUGACAAACCCUAUAGCAGAUGAUGACCUGAUUCAAAAAAUUAACUUGCUAUUGAUGAAAGCUUAUAAGCAAGAAGAGGCAUAUUGGCAACAACGCAGUAGACAGUUAUGGUUAACGCUAGGGGAUUCAAAUACAAGCUACUUUCAUGCCACUACAAAAUUAAGAAAAGCCAAAAACAGAAUGACGGUGAUUGAAAAUGAAGCAGGAGUACCUUGGUUCGAGGAAGAGCAAAUAGCGAAUGUAAUAUGCAGCUACUAUGAGAAGCUGUUUAUCUCUACCCAACCAGAGGAUCUGCAAGUGAUUGAUGAAGCUCUCCAACCCUGCGUGACCCAACAAGUGAAUGACAUGCUCAUCAAAGAUCCAACCCCAGAAGAGAUCAAAGCUGCUACCUUUGCCAUUCAUCCGGACAAAGCUCCUGGACCCGAUGGUUUUUCUGCCAGCUUUUUCCAAGCCAAUUGGGAGAUUGUGGGACCAUAAAUCAUCAGGGAAGUUCAUCUCUUCUUCACCUCAGGAAGUCUCAGACCCUCGCAAAAUGUUACUCAUGUUAGACUAAUUCCAAAGCUGGUGGGAGCAAAAAAGAUGACAGACUAUCGUCCUAUAGCGUUAUGCAAUGUCUUUUUCAAGAUUAUUUCAAAACUCCUAGCACUACGUCUAAAACAAGUUCUCCAUCUCAUUAUCUCAGAGAACCAAUCAGCAUUUAUUCCUGGAAGAGCUAUUGCAGACAAUGUACUGAUUACACACGAAGUUCUACAGUUUCUAAAGACAUCACAGGCACAAAAACGAUGCACAAUGGCAGUAAAGACAGACAUGUCUAAAGCAUAUGACAGAGUUGAGUGGACUUUCAUCUCAAAGGUGCUUCAACGCCUAGGUUUUCACUCUAAGUGGGUAAAUCUAAUUAUGCAGUGUGUGUCUACAGUUUCUUACUCCUAUUUGAUAAACGAUUCAGUACAUGGUCUGGUAAACCCUAAGCGAGGAAUAAGACAGGGAGACCCACUCUCCCCGUAUUUAUUCAUUCUCUGUGGUCAAGUAUUAUCCGGUCUAUGUCAAAAGGCGGAAAGAGACGGUACCUUUCAAGGUAUCAAAGUGGCAAGGGGCAGUCCAAGGGUUAAUCAUCUGCUUUUUGCAGAUGAUACCAUGUUCUUCUGCCAAACAUCCCAUGCCAGUUGCAACAAGCUGAAGAUCAUCCUUGAGAGGUAUGAGAAAGCUUCGGGGCAGAAAAUAAAUGUCGAUAAAUCCUCCAUCACGUUCUCAUCAAAGACACCACCUGAAACAAAAAGAAGCGUUAAAGAAACUCUAGGAAUUGACAAAGAAGGAGGAUCAGGAAAGUACUUGGGACUACCUGAACAUUUCGGGAGGAGGAAAAAGGACCUAUUCACGGCCAUAGUGGAUCGCAUCAGACAACAAGCUUCAAGCCGAUCAACGAGACACCUAUCCAGAGCUGGGAAGCUCACUCUGUUGAAGGCGGUGCUGACAGCAAUCCCCACAUACACCAUGUCUUGCUUUGAGUUACCUGUCAGUUUGUGCAAAAGAAUUCAGUCAAUUCUAACUAGAUUUUGGUGGGACUCAUCGGAUGGGACAAGACGAAUGUGUUGGGUAGCAUGGGACAACUUGACCAAACCAAAAGACAGAGGAGGACUAGGACUUAGAGACAUUCAACUGUUCAACCAAGCUCUUCUUGCUAAGCAAGCUUGGCGACUGCUUACGAAUCCGGAAUGUCUCCUAGCCAGGGUUCUACUAGGAAAAUACUGCCACAAGAGGUCAUUCUUAGAAGUAGAACUACCGGCAGUGUGCUUUCACGAGUGGAGGAGUAUUUUACAUGGCAGGGACCUACUUAGAGGAAGAGUAGGUAAAGCUAUUGGUAAUGGGAUCAACACUAAGAUUUGGAAAGACUCUUGGAUUUCUCUAGACUCAGAGCUGAAACCAUACGGACCCAUACCAGAUCAUGCUCUAGACCUAACAGUGGCUGAUCUCCUUACGACAGACAUGAAGUGGAACAAGAAGAGAGUGGAAGAACUCUUACCUCAGGUGGCUACAGAAGUUCAACUCCUUCAUCCUGGCCAUGCAAACACAGAGGAUAUCUUCAUAUGGCAACCGCUACAGUCUGGUACCUAUACCACAAAGUCUGGUUACUACGCAGUUUCUACAAAGGAGUUAACACCUCUCGAUGAGACCACAGAAACAUUUGGAUGGAUAAAAGAUGUCUGGUCUGCAAAAUGCUCACCAAAGAUGAAGCUUUUGUUGUGGUCAAUCAUCAACGAAGCCAUACCGCUGGGAGAACAACUGCAAAAACGUGGAAUUAACUCAGAUGUGCAGUGUAUCAAAUGUAAAGGUAGUGAAACGGUGAUGCACACCUUUUUCUCUUGCCCUUUUGCCCAAGAAGUCUGGAAGCUAAUCCCCCUGAGACAAGUAGUUCACCUAGCUACGGACAUAAACUUCAAGCAAGCUCUAGUUGAAUUCAGGACCGCAGUCUGUUUGCCUCCAUCAGGGAUUGCAACGACGGUCCUCCCUUGGGUCCUUUGGGCAAUUUGGUCGACUCGAAACUUGCAUGUCUUUGAGAAUCGAAUUCUAUCACCUAUGGAAACAGCGACAAAAGCUCUGAAUCUAGGAAGAGAAUGGAACAAUGCACAACAACAGAUUCAAUCGGUGAAGAAACUGAUACUUAGAUCAAGAAGAUCGACAGGAAACAAUGGUGAAAGCGGCACCUACACGACAUGUAGAUCAGAUGCGGCAUACGAUAAGAGAUCAAAACGGGCAGGAAUCGCUUGGAUCUUCUCUAAUGGAAACGGAACUCACCUCAGCCAUGGUUCAGCUACGCUUGAAUCGAUCACCACACCACUAGUAGCGGAAGCAAUUGCGCUCCGAUCUGGUCUCCUCUCUGCAUUGGAACUUGAGCAUCAAAAGCUCAAAGCUUUCUCUGACAACCUAACGCUCAUCAGAACCAUCAACAACAACAUGCAGGUAAAAGAGAUCUUUGGUAUUGUCAAAGAUAUCCAAAGGAUCUCAUCUGCGUUUGUCGAGAUAUCGUUCUCUCAUCUCUCCCGAUCGCUGAAUGUGGAAGCGGAUCGUUUAGCAAAACUCUCUCUAUUUCCUUCUCGUGUAUGUGACCCAUACAUGGGCUAAAACCACUUUGGGCCUGAGGCCAUUUUCUAAUUUAAAAAGUAAGUGUUACCAAAAAAAAAGAGAAGGAAAACUUCCAGAAGGAAUAUGCAGAAGAGUGGAGUUAUUGCGGAAGGGAAUAAAGAGGAUCAACGAAGGUUUAAGUGAGAUGAAUUCAGAUGAGGGUGAAAAGUUUCAAAAGAGUUUACUGAAUCAGUUUUCAUGUCUUGAAGAUUUGGUGUCUCAUUUGGUAAGCCUCGCUGCUUUCGAGUAAGAUAUAUACUUUGUUACUCCUGAAUACUGUUAGUCUAUACUUUCGAUUGUGCAUAAGGAAAAGAUGAUCAAACUAAAGCUGUGUUAAGAAACAACAAAUCAAAUAUUAGCAAAUGGGCUGUCAGUAUGACAAAUUAUUAUGUUUUCGACCGAUAAUUCAGCUGUUAGAUUCUAAGUACAUCACGCUAAACUGUUGUAUAAAAGUUUAUGACUAAUUGUCUUACAUUUGCAUUAUGGCAAUUUUUUUUUAUUAAAUUAUAAUAAAUCACGUUCACUAGGAUUUGAACUCAAAUUUCUUAAGGCAACUCUCAUCAUAAUUGAACACUAAAUUUUGGUGUUUUGGUGUUGAAUUUUAUUUUUCAUAUCCAACCAUUACACCAAACUAUAAACCAAAACUAUGUUAUAUAUUAAAUUUUUAGUUUAAUAAUUCAAUACUUUAAUUAUUUAUAGUUGAAUAAUUAUAUUUAUCUCAUUUUAUUUUAUUUUAUUUGUUAAAAUUUGGUAAGUUUAUGUUUCCACAGUUGACAGUUUAUUUAAAAUAUUAUUUUUGUCUUUUACUUAAUUUAUAUAUUAUUUUUUAUUUAUGUAAACUUUAGUUGAUAUGAAAAGUACUUUUAUUCUGUUACAAUUUCAAAAUAACACUCAUUUAAUUGUAUUACUAACUGAAAAUAUAAAAUAAUAUUUUAAUGUUUAGUAAUGUCAAAAUAAAAAUGAAAAAUACUAGGAUGUAAUUAUUUAUAACUAUAAGUUAGGAAUAAUUAACAAUAUUAGUUUACAUAUAAUUAAAUGAAAAGUAAUAAAAAUAUUAUUUUAGUAUUUAGUGUGAUUAAUAGUAUUACACCAAAUUUA